AUGGUUGUGUCGUCGCCCUGUUCAGGACGGCCCAAGGCGAGGCUUUGCCCGUACGCCCAGGUGUUUGCUCGCGCCCUUCGCCGUAUGCGGUCGGUGAUCAGGUUCCGGUCCUUUACUCCCCCUCAGGAACCCGCCAACGCCAUCCUCGAUAGCUUUGUACAAAACUGGUUCCUGACCUUGCUGUUUGGCGGUAUCGGCCUGGUAUUCCUGAUGGUCGGCGGUGCGUUGGUGUGGACCAUUACCCUGGGCCCCAAGCGUGCCGAGCAGCGGCUAUCCCAACUGAAACGCACCGGCCGCUCUGUCCAGGCCCAGGUGAUGGCCGUGGAACCAAACGCCUCUGUCACGCUGAACGGGAGCAACCCGUGGCGCAUCGUCGCCCAGUGGCUGAACCCGGAAACCGGGAAGGUCCAGUUGUUCUACAACCAGAAUCUGUGGUUCGACCCUUCGCCCUACGUGACGAUGAAAGAGCUUCAGGUGUGGCUCGAUCCACAACGGCCCAAGCACUACAGCCUGGAUACCGAUUUCCUGCCCAAGAUGGCC